UUUGAUACUCGGGUGUCAACCUAAAAAAUUACAUUUCAUGUUUAAGAUGUGUAUUUGUUUCUUACUACAAAUAUGAAAUUAUUAAAUACUAAAUAGCUGUUACUCGAAUUAAAAUGUCUUGUGAAAUACCUGUUAACACUCUUAAAAGUGGAACACAUCAUUACAAAAGCAGUUCACUAAAUUACGACGGAAAUCAAAGUUCUCAUAACAAAAUUUCACAUCCUGCCUGCUCAUUGAUGUAUGAUGGGGCAUCAAGUUCGUUGUUCUUCAAAAUUCCUGAUUUCUCGGUUGCAAAUGAAAAUAAAUGCACAACCCUGGAAUGUUCUGAUAUCACAGCUGCUGAUCUUCGUGUAACUUCAAAGUUUGGUAGUUGGGAUACAAUAACAUGUCGUUUACUUGUUGAGUGUAAAAAUCCGUUAGUUGCUUGGAAAGUUAGUAUGUUACCUUUAGAUGAUAAUAAGUCUAAUGAAGAGAAAUAUACUGAAAAAAAUCCUGUAUAUAUGUCAAUAAAACAGGAGUCGUGUAUGGUUAAAGCUACAUUUGAUGUCUUAUAUGCCAAUGAUAUUAAGAAUUUAUUACAUCGUGUGAAACUAGCUAAAUUAAAAGAACGCUUAAAUAUCCAAGAAUUGCACAAACGUGGACUUGAAAAAAAUGUACGAGUACCUGAUAAGAUUAGAGAAGGUCUUCCUGAAUGGGUUAAUUAUAUACCUGCUAAAUGGUAUUCCUCCACGGUCCGUCAGGUGUUAGAGUAUUUAAUUGGGUUAUAUACUGUUUUAACUUUGUGUUGGGCACUAUGGCAACUAUAUAAACAUGUAUCUUUUAUUCAAAAGUACAUGCAACCUUUAAUUGACUUUUUUAUGUUUUACUUGCAUAUUCUUACUGAUUGGUUUAAAUUGUUAGAUGCGUAUGCAGAUAUUUUGUCUACCUACUGGUGGACUUACAUGAAGCCUAUGUUUCUUUUAAUGUAUCCAUUGUAUAAUGGUCUUGCUCAAUUAUUUAAACCACUUCGUAAUGUUGCUGGCGUUGUUAAUACCUUGUUUCAACCUUUUAUUUCUUGUACUAAGUCUCUAUCGUUAGCUUUGCGACCAUUGUUUCAACCUGUAUCAAACCUAUGUGGAUUAGUUACACGCUUUUUCAAAGAUAUACAUGCAAUGAUAAUUACCACAACUAUUUAUCAGCGCAUAGUCUCAGAAAUUAAUUAUGGGAGCCUAGACCCACUUCGUGCGCAAGUAACUCUUAUAAGAGAUGUAGUAUUUAGAAGUGUUCGUAAUUUAAUCUUUGGGAUGAAAUUUAUAUUUUCAAGAAUUUACUACACACAUAUGUUUUUGAAAAGAGAACAUAAAUAUGUACAAGAAGAGACGGAAAUAGAAAACAAGGAGAAAAAGCAUUAAAAAUGAUUUCAUUACUUCUUUAAAAUAUUUUUAAUUAAAAUAAUCUUUUUUUUUUUUAAUAAAUUUGUCUUUUUUUACGUGUAACUCGAUAUGUUUUGAUUAAUAAAAAUUAUAGUUUAA